GCUGCUGUGUAAUAGCAGGUAACUUUCUUACGAUAGCCUUCCGCUGGACGACCUAGUGCUUAUAGAUAUACUGCACGUUGAAGAUUACAAAAUAUGUACUUUGGGUUAAGGUAUUUCUGACAUUUUGAACACGCGACAGGUUUACAGCUUUGUUUCCUGUCUCGCAAAUAGCCCCCCAUCUCUUGGAGGUGCUUGAAAUCGGACACCGCUGGCGUUGAGGCCCUCACUUUUUGUGCGGAGGGAUACGUUGUUACGUCUGACAAUGUGGACGGAGGUGGUGAAGAUGUCUACGAGAAGAAUGAAAUCAUCUCAGUUGUAACAACAAAAAAGGAAGACGUGAGAUUAGUUACUAUAAUAGAUUUGUUUGCACAUAGACUCGUUACAUUGAAGCAAACACGUGGGUGCUCCGUGAAAAGCAGGCUUCUCGAGACAAAAGAAAAGACAUCCACUGUGCUCCAAUGCGUUUCAUGCACUGAGGUCGAAAUUCUCUUGAAGUUUUAUGUUUUUCCCCCUGCGAGUCUCCGCUUUUCUUUUUACUGUUGGAUAUCAGACACUUGGAGAGGAGAGGGUUUAUUAGAGGCUGAAGGGUAUGAACGAACAGCAGCAAAGAAUGGCUGCAGUGGAAACGGACAAGGAACUCAGCGACCUCCUGGAUUUUAGCGCGAUGUUCGCGCCUCCAGUAGCCAAUGGGAAAAACAGGACGAUGACACUUGCCAGCACUCACUUUGCUGCAUCAGCAAUAGAUGAGCGCAGCGGCUCUGGUUCUUGGGGCUCCGGAGAACAGAACAGUCCUUCAUUCAGCCAAGGACGGGGAUACGGAGAGGGAUCCCACUUCAGCGAUCAUGAAAACUUACCUUCUCCAUUCAUCGGUUCAGGGAUUGCCGGUAAAAAUGAGCGACCACCCUACUCCCCCUUUGGAAGCCAGCCGGGCUUCCUUCCCAGUGACAUAGCGAUGCCCAGCCCAGAUGCUUUGUCUCCCUCUGGUAUAAAGUCUGGUUCCCAGUUUUAUCCAUCAUACCCCAACAACCCCAGGAGAAGGCCGCCGGACGGAGGUUUAGACACCCAGCCAAAGAAGAUUCGGAAACCCCCUGGCCUGCCGUCCUCGGUAUAUGCUUCCACAUCUGGUGAUGAGUAUGUCAGAGAUAACGGAGGAUAUCCUGGUGCGAAGCCCGGGGCCGUCUAUCCAGGCUCUUUCUAUGUGCAAGAAGAUCCCUGGUCAUCCUCUGGUUAUUCGGGCAUGCUGGGAAAUUCCCCUCACAUCGGACAGCCUGGCUCCUUCCCCGCAAUCAACCCACAGGACAGAAUGAACUACCCUCUGCAUGGCAGCGAGGUCAACGGCUUCCACUCGGCCCCCACCACCUACAACCACACACCCACCAUCAAUGGAGAGAGCAUCAUGACCAGCCGAAGCACCACGGCAGGAAGUUCGGGAGACGAGAUCGGGAAGGCUCUCGCCUCUAUUUACCCGUCGGACCACAACAGUAAUAACUUCUCCUCGGCUCCUUCCACCCCUGGAUCUCCCCAGACCAUUGCAGGAGCUCCGUCUCAGUGGCAAAGACCGACCACGCCCAGCUAUGAAGGGCAGCCACACACAUUGAAUAAAAUGGAGGACCGCUUGGAGGAGGCCAUCCACGUGCUGCGUAGCCAUGCUGUGGGCCAGGCGCCUGCCUUAGAGGGAGCUCACCCCGACAUGCACGGCCUGCUGACCUCUGUGCACAACAGCCUUGGAGGCCUCUCUCCUGCUUUCCCCAAUGCCAGCCUUGCUCUCAGCAAUAGACACCCUGCCAUGGGAGGGAAACACGAGGAACCCACAGGCCUUCCUCCCAGCAGCACUCUCCUUCACGGUCAUCACGCUACCGGGCCCACGCCGUCAGUCGGACAGCCAGAAGGCUUCUCCAGUCUUCCUGGUGGUUUGGCCCGGUCAGCACACUCCUCCAGCAGCUCGGACAUCAAAAGAGAGGACAAAGAGGACGAUGAAAACUCUUCUGUUACGGACAAGUCGGAGGAGGAAAAGAAGGACUCAAAAGCAGCACGCAGUCGAACAAGAAAGGAGGCGCUGACCCUCCAGAUGCUCCCUGGGCUUUCAGAUGAGAAAGAUGAUCAGGACAAUGAGGAUGAUGAGGAUGUUCCCCCUGAGGUGAAGAUGGAGCGUGAAAGGGAACGGCGAGUGGCAAACAACGCCCGGGAGCGUCUCAGAGUACGGGACAUCAACGAGGCGUUCAAGGAGCUCGGUAGGAUGUGCCAGCUGCACCUCAGCCACGACAAACCUCAGACCAAACUUCUCAUCCUUCACCAAGCGGUCAAUGUCAUCCUCAAUCUAGAACAACAAGUCCGAGAGCGCAACCUAAAUCCUAAAGCGGCGUGUUUAAAACGGCGUGAGGAGGAGAAGGUUUCAGGGGUGGUGGGAGAGGCACCCAUGCAGCUCCCAGGAGGCCACCCUAGCAUGGGAGGAGACGGCCACAAUCCAGUUGGCCACAUGUAACACCAGGUGUGGUGGUGUUUUCUGGCUUUCAGAGGAUGUGGCCUUAACAGAUUUCUUCCACCCAAUAAUCUCAGUGUGUGUGUGUGUGUGCGUGCGCGUCUGUUUGAGUGUGCGUGCAUGCGUGGGGACAUCUCUUUGUAUCGUCCAUUCAAGUUUUCAAGAUUCACACACUUGUACUCACAUGCAUACUGCCAAAACUGACACAGUGUGGUUUUUCGCACUCCCAGCCAUGACUACAAACUCAAAUGUGAAGAACUUUUUUUUUCUUGUUUUUUUUUUUUUUUUAUAUAUACAUGUAAAAUGUCUCUUUCUUUUUGUUUCCGUGAUGGUUGAACGCCAGAGUUUUGUCCUGCCACGUUUUGGGACUGCACACACUGCCAAGAGGUGUUCUGGUGGGGGGGGGUAGGGACGGAAAGACAAAGGGAGACCUAAACAAACAGACUGAAUCGAGAAUUUGUGCCUAAUUGUUACAUGUUUUCUAUUUGACAUUAAGGCAAAAUUGCUGUACAUGUGAGGAACACUUGUGAGGGAUUGCUUAUGUGUAUGAGCAGUUAUUUUAAAUGUAUGUCAUUCCCAGCGUGAUGGUACAGUCUUACAUAUGUUAUGUAACGCAUAGUUGAAGGUGAAACGUCAAAUUUGCUGGCUUUUCUGAGGCUUGUGGAUGGAAACGGAAAGGCCGGCCAAAGUUUUGACAUUUCAAAUACAGCUUACCUGAGAGAUGGGAACUCCUUGACCUCGAGCCAGUCCCGUGGCUCAGACCCGGUCUCGACCUGCCGAGACGUUUGGAGACUUGGAAUCAUGGACUUCUUCCUUGAAAGUUAUGAAUUUAUCCAAGAAAUAGAAUCCGUCAACAAAACAAAAACUGUUCUUCCUUGUUGUUGACCAGGCGUUCUAGUGUUUCUCCUGUAGCCCUUUGUUGUACAUUCAGGUUUUUUGUACUGCUUUACACACUAAAGCAUACACAGAUGAGACAAAGCACAGUUGUAUAGGUUAGACCUGUGUCACAUUUCACUCCCUGACAGUCUUGUAUUAAAGCCAUUCGGAUCUAAUCAGCACUUGGGUGCUGUUUGUUAAAAUGGUUUACUGACAGUGCCAGCAGACUUAACAGCUCAAGUCUUUCCCCUCUAAUUGAUGUUCUGAAAAGGCAAAAGAAUAAAAAACAGGUUUCUUUAUUUUUCUCCACAGUUGUUAAUGCACACUUUGUGUAAUUCCUAAACGAGCAUUCCCAUUGAUCUGCAAGCCCCUCACCUUCCUCCCGAGUCAGUGUGCUCUCACCUUUCUUACCGAGAGAAGUGUGACAUGUAAAUUCACUUCAUGCAUUAUUCUGUUGCAUUUUUCAAAAGUAAAUAUAUAUAAAAAUAUAUAUUUUUUGUUAGUCUAUACAUUGUAGAUUUUUUACAUAAAUGGCAAUAUUAGUUUGAAGUUUAGAGUGUAUUGUAGAUGAGCUGUAUAAGGGGAUAUUUAACAUUUAAAUGAUGUCCAAAAGUUGAUUUGACAUCGGACUGGGAUGACAGUAAAAGGAAAAAAAAAAGAUCAACAGAUGAUGAAUUUAAAAAAGUGUUUAUUUCCUUUUAUUCCAGUUUUAGUUGUAAGGCACAUCCGCUACCAAGAUGAAUGCCUCCUUUCCAUGUAGGCAUUUGUGGACAGAGUUGGUGCCGCGGUCUGACUUUAGCAUCGAGGCACUGAUUUAUCAAUUUAAAAAUUGAAAGGGAUUUUUUUUUGUUUCUUUUUGUCUCCAACAGUAAUUAUUAUGCAACUGGUUUUUGAAUGUAGCUACCAUACAAAUGUGGAUUGCCUUCAUUUUCAGCGUUGUUUUCAUUCUGGGUUUUGUUAGCACAGUGUAAUAGUUUUCCUUUUACUCGUUUGAUUUUAUUUUUCUCAACAUCUGGCCUCGACCAAGUGGCUCUCCAUGUUCAGCUCGCUUCAGAGGCAGGUGUCUGGAUUUGUAUGUACGGUGAUAUUGAGAACAAAAACAGUGUUAUUGUGAUGUUAUUCCCAUGUCAUGUUGUGAGUGGUUUCUUUUUACCAACAUGUAAUCACAAGUGGGAGGUGGAGCUUUUUGUGUGUUUAAUUUCUACAAAAAAGAAAAAGAUGAAGAAAAAUAAGACCUAUACAAAUCAAUAGUGUGGCCUUUUCAUUCUCAAGACUUAAGAUGUCAUGAUGGGAGAGUGAUGCCUUAUCAGUGCCUGAACUUGUAUUGUUUUUUUUUUCCAUUUAAACAGUUUUAUGUUGUGAACCAUAUCAUUUCAUUUAUCUUGGAGAUUAAAGAGGUACUUGUUUCAUUCCCCCAUCCUCCCUUAAUGCUUUUUUCCCAAUUACUGAGGAAAAAGUUUAAAUGGUAUAAAGAGAUUUUCUUUCAGUGUAUCUAGUUAAAUAAAUAAAUGUUAAGCAGA